CCGCCGCGCCGGCGGAUGCUGGCGCUGCCGGCGGUGUGCCCCUGCGAGGGUAUCUCCCCCGGGACGCUGCUGGCGUCGCUCGCCACGCUGGCGGACGACGUCGCGGCCGGGUGCGGCGACGUGGCUGCGCUCCCGGCGCUCCGGGGCGCCGCCGGCGUGGCUGUGCGCGUCGCCGGGUUGCUAAGGGAGUUCCUCGAGGAGGUCCGGUGGGCGGCGGCGCUCCUGCCGGGAGGCUCCGUGCUCGGGAUGUCCGAGCUGCACGUGGCGCUGCAGAAGAUGCGGUUCUUGCUGGAGGAUUGUGGGAGGCAGGGGGCGCGGAUGUGGGUGCUGAUGAACGCGGAGGCGGUGGCGUCGGAGCUGCGGGUGGUGCUCGGCUCCGUGGCGACGGCGAUGGACGUGCUGCCCGCCGGCGUGGUCGCGGCGUCCGAAGACGCCAGGGAGCUCGCCGCGCUGGUGUCGCGGCAGGCGUGGCGCGCGGCGGUGCAGCCGGACGAGGAGGACGGCCGCGCGGCGAGGAGCGUGAGGUCGAUGCUCGCGCGGUUCGUGAGCGGCGCCACGCCGGACGCUGAGGACGCGAGGCUGGUGCUCGGCCGCGUCGGCAUCGCCAGCUGGUGGGACUGCUCCCAGGAGGUGGCCUUACUGGAGGCCGAGAUGCUCGAGCGGCUGGAGGCCGGCGGCGAGAAUGACAACGACCUCGUCCUCAUCAGUGGCCUCAUGGCGUUCUUGCUCUACUGCCGCGUCGUCUUGUUCGACCGCAUUGAUGACAGCAAGGCCGACGAGCCGGCGCCGGCGUCGGCUUCGGCGUCGAGGCUGGCGAGCUACUUGACGCGAAUCAACCCGGAGGCGCUGCAAUGCCCGAUCACCCUGGAGCUGAUGACUGAUCCGGUGACAUUGGCCACCGGCCAGACCUACGACCGCCCAUCCAUCAGGCGGUGGGUCAAGAACGGGUGCCGGACGUGCCCCGUCACCGGCGAGAAGCUCCGCAGGGCCGACGUCGUGCCGAACGUCGCGGUACGAGGGAUCGUCGAGCAGCUGCUGCUCAGCAACGGCGUCUCGCUGCACGAGCCGAGCAGCAGGCACCGGUGCGCGGUCGACAAGACGGCCUCGCCAUUCGGCGCAGCGGCGGCCGGCGGCGUGCGCCUUGCCGUGGCGUUCCUCGUAUCCAAGCUCUGCCGGGGCGCGCCGGAGGAGCAGAAGAAGGCGAUGUACGAGGUCCGGAAGCUGUCGAAGCGCAACGUGUUCUACCGGGCGUGCCUCGUGGACGCCGGCGCGGUGCCGUGGCUGCUUCACCUCCUCUCCUCCCCGGACGCCUCCGUGCAGGACAAUGCCGUGGCUGGCCUCCUAAACCUCUCGAAGCACCCCGACGGCCGGAGGGCGCUCGUCGACGCCGGUGGGCUUGGCCUCAUCGUCGACGCCGUGAACGUGGCCGCCAAGGUCGAGGCGCAGCAGAACGCGGCGGCGAUCCUCUUCUACCUUUCGUCGAACGCCGACUACUGCGACGAGAUCAGCCGCAUCCCGGAGGCGAUCCCGACGCUGGUGCACCUGAUGCGGGAGGGCGCGUACCGCGGCCGGAAGAACGCGCUCGUGAGCCUCUACGGCGUGCUCCAGAGCGGCGCGAGCAGCCACGGGAAGGCGGUGUCCGCCGGCGCCGUGGCGGCGCUCGCAGCCCUGCUGUCAAGCGACCGCGACGACCUCGUGAACGACGCCGUCGCGCUGCUGGCGAGGCUCGCCGAGCAGCCCGUCGGCGCGGCUGCCGUCCUGUCCAGCUCGGCGCUCGUCACGCGCCUCGUCGACUUCCUCGGCGCGUCGGCGUCGCGGUCGGCCAAGGACCACUGCGCGACGCUGCUGGCCUCGCUGUGCCGGCACGGCGGCGACGCGGUGGCCGCCCUGCUGGGGAAGACGCCGGGGCUGAUGCCGUCGCUGUACGCGCUGAUCGCCGACGGCGGACCACAGGGGAGCAAGAAGGCGAGGUGGCUUGUCAACGAAAUCCACCGCCACUACGAGCAGCGCCAGCCGCCGGUGGCGCCGCCGCCGGCCGGUGACCGUGUCAUUCGAGUAUAGUACACGAAACACUUUUUUUUUGCUUUUGAGAAACGUACAGUACACGAGCUUUGUAUUAUACGGUGUACAUUUGAAUUUGUAUUUUUCUUUCAGAUGUAAAUGUUUUUUUUUCUGUCCUGGCUUGAAUUUUUGAAGAGCAAGGAUGGAAUUUGAUUUUCACUCUACCGUGGUACAUGUAUUUAUGAAUGUAUAGCUGUACAUACAAAAUGUAUAAUUGUACGAGUGAUAAGUGGUUUGCAACUUUGUAUUUCCUUUUCUCCGUUAAAGGAACCCUU